AUGAAAUAUCCUCACAUAAGUUAUUAUGUUCAUAUCUUUACUAACAAACGAUUUUUUGAAUUUUUAAUUUCAAUUUAUUCCUUUUUUUUUAGGUUCGAACUUUAUGUUCCAAGAAAAUGUUCUGCCACUAACAGAAUUAUCAAGGCUGAUGAUCAUGCCUCUGUUCAAAUCAACAUUGCCAAGGUUGACGAAGAAGGCCGUGCCAUCCCAGGUGAAUACAUCACAUACGCUUUAGCCGGUACUGUCAGAGCCAGAGGUGAAGCUGAUGACUCUUUGAACAGAUUGGCUCAAAACGACGGUUUGUUGAAGAACGUCUGGUCUUACUCCCGUUAA